GAAUAAUUACCAACACUGCUUUUGCCUUCGAUACUUGGCAACUCUUAACGUCAAGACAUUUCAUUUGACAUUUCACUGUCAACUGUCAGUUGGUUGGUUUUCUAGUGGCAGCGCUGUAAGCAGCAAAAACAAAAAACAAACGAAAAAUGUCUGCUCUUUUACGUUUUGCUAACCGUGCUGUUGUUCAGCGUUCUUUGGCCUACAAUCAAUCACUCAGCAUUGUGCGUGGCAUUAAAACUUCACCCAAAAAAGAUGAAACUGCUGCUUCUGUUGCACCCGUAACAAAAGAAGAUUUUGCAAAUCCCAAUCCUAAAAACUGGGUUAGUUUUGGUUUCGAUACAAAAGAUGAGACCAAUGAUCGCAACUCAACAAAGUCCUCAUUCUUCUUUGCCGUAACUUUGUGUUUGGCUUGGGGUACAUUCUUCUGGGCCUAUUUGCCCGACACCCAAUUGCGUGAUUGGGCCCAACGUGAGGCCUACUUGGAGUUGCGUCGCCGCGAAAAGGCCGGUGUUGAUUUGGUCAGCCCUAACUAUGUAGAUCCUGCCAGCAUUUCGCUGCCUUCCGAUGAUGAACUUGGUGAUACCGAAAUCAUCAUUUAAACGAUAGUUAAAACAAUAUAAACAAAAAGUGUUUUUCUUUUUCUAAAUAUUUAAGUGUAAUUGAUAAUGUUAUGUAAUUGAAUGGAACAGAGCAGAGAGCCAGCUGAGGCGUUGAAAUUUAAUAAAAAUUUGUGAAAAGAAUAUA